AUGCCCAACGCCUCUUCCUGGAGCGCUAGCUCGCCGCUGCUGCUGCUCUGGGAGGACUCCUCCGGGACCCGCAUCCUCCUGUCACUGCUCUACGCGGCGUUAGCUAUCUCAGGGACCUUAUCCAAUGUGAUGGUCAUCUACUUGGUCUUCUCCUUCAAGAAGCUGCAGACGACCAGCAACGCCUUCAUCGUGAACGGCUGCGCCGCCGACCUGAGCGUCUGCGCCCUGUGGAUGCCCCAGGAGGCCGUGCUGGGGCUGCUGCCCGCCAACUCCUCUUCCCUGCGCUCGGCGGAGUACCGGCUGCUCCGGGGGGGACUCCUGGGCCUCGGCCUCACCGUCUCCCUGGCCUCCCACCUGCUGGUGGCCUUCAACAGGUACGUGCUCAUCACCAAGCUGCCCAGCGUCUACCAGGCCCUCUACCAGCGGAGGCACACGGGCUGCAUGAUCGGGCUCUCCUGGGUGCUGGCGCUGCUCCUGCUCCCGCUGCUGCCCGGCCUCUGGGCCCCGGCCGCCGCCCAGCAGCCGCCGCCGGGCCGGCACUCGGACGGCGGCCCGCGCUACACCGCCCUGCUGCUGGCCCUGGCCGUGCUCAGCCAGACGGCGCUGCUGCUCCACUGCUACCUGGGCAUCGUGCGGCGGGUGCGCGGCAGCGCCAAGCGCGUCAGCGUCCUCAACUUCCACCUGCUGCACCAGCUGCCCUUCCCCGCCGCGCCGCCGCCGCCGCGCCGCGCCCAGCGCCGCCUCAGCAGCGUCUCCGUCCUGCUGCUCUGCUGCGUCUUCCUGCUGGGCACGCAGCCCCUGGUGUGGGUCAGCCUGCUGGGCUUCUUCCUCCCGCCCGCGCCGCCCGCGCUGCAGGCCGCCAGCUGGCUGCUGCUCUGCGCCCUCUCGGCCCUCAACCCGCUGCUCUACACCUGGCGCAGCGAGGAGUUCCGCCGGGCGGCGCGCGCCGUGCUGCCCCGCGCCGAGCCCGCCGCCGCCCCGCGCCCCGCCGCCAGCGCGCCGCCCUGCCCGCAGCUGCCGCGGCGCCGCGGCGCGGCGGGCGGCGCCGCCAGCGCGCCCCGCUGA